AAGCUGGGAAUCCGCCCGUGGCUCCACAGGCUCUGCAGCGAUCCAUGCUGGAAGCAUCCGCCCGGACGGCCUCGGGGGUGCAGGAAUCCGUCGCCGCCAUGGAGACGAUCCGGAUCUUCUCGGCAGAGGAGGAGGAGGAGGAGCGGCACAGCCAGAACCUGGAUGAGGAGCUGAGGCUGAAGGAGCGGAUGGAGCUGGAGCUGGCAGGAUUUACCCUCAUCCAGAGGGUCCUCCAGCUGGCCAUCCGGGUCCUGGUGCUCUUCCAGAGCCACCAGCAGCUCCGGGAUGGAUCCAUCACUCCUGGGGUGCUCGUCACCUUCCUGCUGUACCAGGACACAGUCGGUCGCCACGUUAAGGUGCUGCUCUUCGGCUUCAAUGAGUUCAUCACCAACGUGGCUGCCGGGCAGAAAAUCUGGGAAUACCUGGAUUGGAAACCCACCAGGCACAUCGGGGGGAUGCUGGAGCCCCCCGAGCUCCAGGGCCACGUCGCCUUCCAGAGGGUCUCCUUCACCUAUCCUGGAAAUCCCAAGCGCCCCGUGCUGAGGGACGUGUCCCUGGAGCUGCAUCCUGGGGAGGUGACAGCGCUGGCAGGGCCCAACGGGAGCGGGAAGAGCACGGCUGUGGCGCUGCUGGAGCGGCUGCGGGAUCCUGGGAGCGGGGAGGUGCUGCUGGACGGGAUCCCCCUGCAGGAAUUUGAGCACUGCUACCUGCACCGGCAG